CCCUGGCUCUGCUGUCCACUUCGCUGCUGGCGCGAUGCGUUCGCUCCUGCUAGCAUGGGCCAUUGCCUUAUUCUACUGCGAUGGUGUGGAAUCGUUCGUUAGGCGUACAGGACGAGCGAGCGGCACUCCCGGCUUUGUGGCUGGGGCUGUUGCCUUUCAAAGAAAACGACCACGCGGCAGCAGGCAAGGAGCAAGCGGCAGCCAAACACCUCUGGCGGCGGCAGCAGCCGGAAGCUUCACGGCUAGGACAGUUAAAAGCCAGAGCAAUUGGUUUGAGGUGACUGGUGAAGGGAGACGACGCACGCAAAGGCGAACUGGCGGUGGGCAUGGCACGCGUAUGCUGUUUGGUCUCCAUUUCCAGCCUCCAGAGUUCAGCGUCUGGCUCCACGGCACGGUACAGGCGGUCAUGCUCGGUGGCUUCGCGGCCCUUAUCCCGAAGGUGACCGCGGAGCGCAUACGGGAAAAGGAGGAGGGAAUGGUCAGGGACGAGGAUUAUGCGGCCGGUUUGUGGGACGACGACGAGGAUUUCGAUGAGUACGGGAAUGCCGGGGGAUACGUGUGCCCGACGUGCGACAACACCAACCAGGUAGAGUGCAGCGAAUGCGGGGGAAAGGGUUUUUUCGUGUCGGCGUCCGCCAUGCCCAAGAAGUGCACCUAUUGCAACGGGCUCGGGACGUUCGACUGCGAGGACUGCGAAGAACGCAGGGAAAUGCUCCGGCGAGAGAGGGGUGCGAGACGGCCUCCGCGGGAACUCCCUCCUGCCAGGGGCGAUGACUUCCCGUUCGGUCGAUGA